AUGCAUGAGAUUGACUACCAGCUCGCAGGUGAGCAGCUGAGCCUUGUAGUCUCUCCUGCUGGGGCUGGAUCGCUCGCCCAAGCAGUUGUGGCCCACUACAAAUCAUCAGAAAGGAAAUCUACAGUCUUCAUGGCAGUUGAGCCAGACACCGCUGGCCUUUUGUGGAAUAGCUUGACUAAUGGGAAACCCGCGAUCGGGAAAACUAGUUCAACCAUCAUGACUGAGCUAAAGUGUGGGAGACUUUCUGAGACCGUGUGGCCACUUCUAAAAUGUGGAACUGACGCAAGUAUAACAAUCUCUGACUACGAGGCCCAUCGGGCGAGCCUUGAGCUACAAAUGCUAGGCAUUGCAGGACCCAGUGGUGCAGCCAGUCUAGUGGCUCUUCGUGCGCUCAGUGAAUCAGACAAGUCUCAGUUGGGGCUUAAUCAGGAUUCUAUAACAUUAGUGCAAAUUGGCUCUUCAAAUCCUGAUUUCAGCUCCAUUCCAGGCCCGGGUGAAACCUCGAUUGCACAAUAUAUCACUGUGUGGCUUCAGCAUCGCAACAUCGAAUACCAUUGGAUUGAGCCAACUCCAGGGCGACCUUCCGUUGUUGGUAUUGCACGCGGCUCUGGUGGAGGCAAGAGCCUCAUGUUCAAUGGGCAUAUUGACACUGUCACGCUCCUAGGGUACAAUGGCGACCCUCUUAACCCUUUAAUAUCCGAUGGGAAUCUUUAUGGCCGGGGUUCUGCGGAUAUGAAGAGUGGUCUUGCUGUUGGCAUGGUAGCCAUCGCCAAUGUGAAGGGAAUGAAUUUGAGGGGAGACAUGAUCCUCGCGGCGGUUGCGGAUGAGGAGUCAGAAAGUCUUGGAAUGGAGCAAUUACUGCAAGCAGGAUGGCGUGCGGAUGCUGCCAUUAUUGCUGAACCGACCGAGAUGGCUCUCAUCAACAAGCACAAGGGAUUUGCGUUAUUUCAAGUUGAUAUUCACGGCGCAGCCGCUCAUGGAUCUCGUGCGGAUCUCGGUGUCGACGCCAUCUGCAAAGCUGGAUAUUUUCUCGUCGAGCUUGGAUAA